AUGACAUCGUCCGGUUCUCUCCUAUGGGCCGUCGACAUCUUCGGCAGGGUCUACACGCUUUCGACGGCGGGCCCGUAUUGGGAGAUCUGCAAGAACGGGGAGCUGGAGUUCAAGAGGGUUUCCGCCGUCAAGGAGUGCUGUUGGGGAAUCGCUUGCGACCAUCAAGUGCACGUUUACGUCCACUCCAAGAAAGGAACCUUUUAUUUUCUGGGCCUCUUUCCUCUCCAGGGCUGGACGUACGCCAUCGACUUCCCGGCCACCUACAUGAAAGACAAGAAGUGGAAUUCCUGUGUUCGACGCAGGAGGUGGAUUCGGUACCGGAGAUACAAAGCGCGAGAUACCUGGGCAAAGGUGUGGGGGAUCAGCUGUGAGGACCGAGCAGUUUAUUUCCGGCAAGGAGUCACUCCAAGCGAGCUGAGCGGGAAAGCCUGGAAGGCGAUAGUUUGCGGCCGAGAUACUGAUCAUUCUCAGAGCGGAAGCUCAACGAGUCUCCUCAGCGCUGGAUGCUUUUUCACUGAUAAUAUCAAGGAGCAAAGCGGGUCAGUCUUCCAGAGUGAUGGAGAUCUUCUGUCGGACACUGAGGGGCCCUUGGCCAUCGCCGACACUUGCCUUCCUAGCAAUACCGACGGUGGUGACGGAAACGAUGACGCCGACCAGGCAGCGAGCUCCCAGGCAGACCCAAUUGCGGAUCCUGCCCCCGCCCCUCCUGAAGAAGCCGGCUCUGUUUCAGAACAAAAGCUCAGCGCUGACCCGGAAGAACCUUCCUCGGAUCAGGAGUCCCGCCCAGCAGAACUCCAGUGGACAAACAUUGACUUGAAGGAGGCUGGCAGGAGCCCAGCACUUUCUGCCAGCGCUUUGGCAGAGACGUCCAGCCUGUCCUCCUUGGGCACGUUGCCGCUCGGUGUGGAGGAUCGUUAUGGGGCCGACGAGCAUCCGUUGUGGGGCUGGGUCUCCGGCGGAGGCUGCCUGGUGGAAUUGCACACCUCACUGAAGUGGUUCACGAUACAGUCAGGCUUAUCCUCCUCAGGGCAGUCCCUCUGCCUGUCCAUCACCCCAGCACAGACUGCGGCGUGGCGCAAGCAGAUCUUCCAGCAGCUUGCGGAAAGAACCCGGCGGGAGUUGGAGAACUUCCGACACUAUGAACAGGCUGUUGAGCAGUCGGUGUGGGUCAAAACAGGCACCCUACAGUGGUGGAGAACCUGGAAGCCUUAUAAGUGGAUCGACGUCCGGGUGGCCCUCGAGCAGUUCACAGGAAAUGACGGGAUGCGAGACAGCAUCCUCUUCAUCUAUUACGUGCAGAUGGAGGAGAAGAAGUAUCUCCACGUGUUCCUCAAUGAAGUCACCAUCUUGGUCGAGAUCUUGAAUGAGGCCAAGCACUCCUUCGCGCUCUACACCCCGGAAAGGACUAAGCAGCGUUGGCCGAUCCGACUGGCGGCCACCACUGAACAGGAAAUGCAUGACUGGCUGGCUCUGCUAAGCAUGUCCUGUUGUGAAAGCCGGCGGAUCCAGGGACCCCCGUCUCCUCAGGCCAUUUGGUCUGUGACCUGCAAGGGAGACAUCUUUGUCAGCGAGCCGACACCGGACCUGGAGGCUGUGACCCGCCCCAUGCCCUGCGACCAGAUGUUCUGGCGACAAAUUGGAGGACAUCUCCGAGUGAUCGAGUCCAACAGCCGUGGAAUAGUGUGGGGCGUGGGGUAUGACCACACCGCCUGGGUUUAUACUGGAGGCUACGGAGGUGGUUUCUUUUCAGGCUUGGCGGACGGUGCCGAUCACAUCCAUGCCCAGUCGGACGUGAAGAGUGUCUACAUCUACGAGAAUCAGCGAUGGAAUCCAGUCACUGGCUACAGCAGCAGGGGGUUGCCAACCGAUCGGUACAUGUGGAGCGACGUGUCUGGACUGCAGGAANNNACGAAGGCGAACACCAAGCCCCCGUCGCCACAGUGGUCGUGGGUCUCCGACUGGGCCAUCGAUUUCAGCGUUUCGGGCGGAACCGACCGUGAAGGCUGGCAGUACGCGGCUGACUUUCCGGCGUCCUAUCACGGACACAAAACAAUGAAGGACUUUGUCCGGCGGAGGCGAUGGGCCAGGAAAUGCAAGAUCGUCACCAGCGGUCCUUGGCUGGAGGUCCCUCCCAUAGCCUUGUGGGACAUCUCCAUCAUUCCCGAGUUGCCCGCCGCCCAGGAAGAAUGUGUGGCCCUCUGGGCCAUCAGCGACAAGGGAGACGUGCUCUGCCGACUGAACAUCACUCCUCAGAACCCGGCUGGUUCUUCUUGGCUGCAUGUGGGGACCGACCAGCCGUUCAUCUCGGUCUCCAUCGGAGGGUUCCACCAGGUCUGGGCAGUCGCUCGAGAUGGCUCCGCGUUCUACCGUGGCUCAGUAUCACCGAAGAAACCAGAAGGGGAUUGCUGGUACCACAUCCGCGCUCCUCCAAAGCAGAAGUUAAAGCAAGUUUCCGUCGGGAGGACCGCCGUGUUUGCAGUGGAUAAAAACGAACAAGUCUGGGUGAUUGCCGACAAAGUGCAGGGGAGCCACAGCCUGAGUUGCGGGACCGUCUGUCACCGGACCGGAGUCCAGCCGAUGGAGCCCAAAGGGCAGUCCUGGGACUACGGCAUUGGGGUGAGAUGGGACCACAUUAGCAUCCGAGGGAACGCUACCGAAUUCUCCAAAAAGACAUCCCAGGAAGCAGCGGCAGAUCAUCUGGUUGAAUCUACCAAUUCCAAAGUCAGAGAGAGCGAAGAAAGAGGCGACCUUCCACAGUCCAUGCUCUUGGUGGACGAAGACCCCGGGGUGGACAGAAAUGCCGUUCAGUGUUGACGGGCCUCUGUUCAAGAGAGACUGGCCGUGGCACGAACUUCCCCUCCCAUUUUCCUCUAUCUCGCCUGCCCCAGGUAAUUUGAAGGUGCAGCAGAGCCAUGCAGAG